AUGGGUGAAAUGAUCAUGUCAAAUGAGCCCUGGGACUUCCUGAACUCGGUUCUCCGGUUCAGGGACGACGACUCCCAGUUCUGGUGGGACAGGACAGGGCGCAUGUUCUCCAAGCUCCUCAAGUACGCCGGCUACAGCGCAGCAGAACAGUAUCGCGAGCUCAACUUCUACUCCCUCUUUGUGGCCCCUGAACUUGGCCCUUCUCCAGAUUGCCACGGCAAUGUCAGGAGAUGGAGGAGUCCUGGGACGCCAGACUCCACGCCGAUCGACUUCAGCUGGGAAUGGGGAAGAGAUAACCAUGCUGUCGUGAGGUAUAGCUUCGAGCCCAUCGGCGCACAUGCCGGUACGGAGCUAGAUCCUCUCAACAGGUAUGCGACAAACGACUGGAUCUUCAAGCUCCAACAGCAGAAGAUGGUGCCGGGUCUGGAUCUGGAGUGGUACAAGCACUUCACGAACCAGAUCCUGCAGCAUGACAACCGCACAUCCAAGACAGUUGACUGCUUCGUCGAGGAGACAACACCCAAAGCCGGCACUGUGGUCGCACUCGACAUUGAGAAGACCGGCCCUGUCAUGAAGAUUUACAUCUACCCCGGACUCAAGGCGGAGGAGCUGGGCAUCAGCAACCUCGAGCUCGUAGAGCGCUCCAUCCGCAGCCUUCCGCCAGAUCAGUUCAACUCCCUCAAUGCUGAGCCCCUCUUUGACUUCCUCCGGGAAGGCACAGAGAAGUACAACUUCGAGACGGGCAUCCUCGCCAUUGACUGUCUGGCGCCCAAGGAUGCUCGCAUCAAGGUGUACAUGAGAGCCCGCCACACGACCUUUGAGUACAUGAUGGACUGCAUCACCCUCGGCGGCCGCCUCGACAUGUCAGGGGAGGCCAUCGAGGAUCUCAAGGACUUCUGGAAGACCUUUCUCGGAGACGCCUCGGAUAUGCUUCCCGACGACGCGCCCGGCAGAGCUAGCCCCGGCUUCUACUACACCCUCGGCUGCGGCAAGGCCAUCUCGCCCAAGGUGUACAUCUCUCCGCAGUAUUUCUGCAAGAGCGACGUGGAUGUGCUGUCCCGCCUCCGCAAGUUCUUCUCCACACGCCGAUCGGAUGAGAUGAUGGACAACUACGAAGCGGCCAUGGUCGAUAUCUUCGGUACCAAGACGCUGGAUUCCCGGUGCGGCAGCCACUACUAUGUUGGUUGCGCGUUGGCCAAGGGUCAGCUGAGAGUGGUCACUUAUCUCAGCCCCCAGUCCUUCGAUUGUGAGAAGGAUAAGAUCUGCUCACGUAAGCCGUAG